AUGCCGGCCAGCUGGGAGGCAGGCGAUGCCGGAGCGGCAGCCUCGUACCUCUCGACCUCUUCCCAGACCCACGUAGAACCCCCCGAGCGCCUGUCCAGCUCGAAUCACAAGUUCCAGAAUAAGGCCGUCUCGACAGACGGCGACGGCGACGGCGACUGCGAACAACAUGACGGCAACGGCCGUCGUCCGUCGCAGUCCUACGAUCUCGAGGCGGCGGCGGCCGCUCCGUGGUCCGGAUCUCCCGAUGGGCAGACCCAACAGCAGGCCUCGUCCUCGGCCCACAGCCGAGCUACUCGCCAGCGCCCUCGCUCUCGCACCAACGACGGCCACGGUUCCGGAGGCGGUGCGGCGCCGCCCGAAUGCGUUCAGGACUGCAUCGACGGCAUCGAGUCUUGCACUGCCAUCAUUGUCCGCUUCAACGAGCGCCUCGAAGUCAGCCGGACCCAGGCCGAGAUCAAGCGGGAGCAGGAUGGCGACUCCAUCUUCGUACGCAAGCUGCUCAUUCCCAUCGUCUUCUUCAUCCUCUCGUGGAUCUUUGCCAUGUACAUCUGGAGGCUCUGCGCCCCCAUGAUCCGGCAGACGACGGCAGGCCAGGUGCUCGGACCGAGGGGCACCGGCAUCGGGCUUCUCGCCGCCUUUGUGCCGCUCUGGCUCAUGACCAUCUGGUCGUACGUCAAGGUCGUCGCCACGCCGCCGGGCCACGCCAAGGACUACGUACCGACCUCGGACCCCCCGCCACCAUUGACUGGGCCCGAUCAUCCUGGCUCGACGCCCUACCGUCCGCCAUAUCCGGAUCAUAGCCAGCAGGCGGCAGCUCCGCGGCUCCCUGCCCUCCCCAGCACAGCUUCUGAGCCCAUCGACAUCCGACCCUCGAUGUCGCAGUCCGUCUACCUCUCGGCCGAUGGCCACGAGCCGUCCGACGCCGGCCACGCCCGCCCGUACCCAUCGGUGCUCGCGGAGCGGGACGACUUCUACGCGGUCCGCGGCGCAUCCACCGAGAGCAUGCGCGUACUUCCCGGAUCGCUUUCAGCGGAUGCGGAACUCGAAGCUGGGCCUAGCAUGGACGCCCAAGCUGCUAGGGACUCGGCUGAACCUGUCGCAACGGGGGAAGGGGCUCGGGAGGAGAGCGAACUGCCUGAAGCCGGCGUCGCAGGAGCGCUGGGAGGCGUCGGAGCGGCCGCCCUCGGAGCUAGCGCAGGCGCACAGGAAGAGAGCGAGCAACAUCAGCAGGCCGAGCUCGCUGCUUCGCCGGCAGGACCGCCGUUCCCACAGCAAAAGUGGAACGGCCCAGUGGAGCCCAGCCGCCAGCCGCAAAACAGCCCACCACCACUCUCGGCACAGUCUCUCUACUGCCACCGCUGCCGCAUCGUCAAGCCGCCACGCACGCACCACUGCAAAAAGUGCAACGCCUGCGUCCUCAAGAUGGACCACCACUGCCCCUGGGUCGGCGGCUGCGUCGGGGCGCAGAACCAAAAAUUCUUCUUCGUCUUCGUGUUUUGGGUCACGCUGCUCGAAGUCUACGUGCUGGUCUCGACCGCUUUCCACUUCCACCGCGGCGUGCAGUCGCUGCGCAACGGCGGGUCGGGCUGGAGCGUCGACGGCUACCUCAUCUCGGUGCUCGCCCUCUCGGCCAUGUUCACGCUCUUCACCUCGGCGCUGCUCUUCACCCACAUCUUCCUCACCUCGCACAACCUCACCACCAUCGAGCACCUCGGCGUCAACCGGGUCAAGGGCCGCGAAGAGGUGCUCAUGGACCGCUGGUUCGGCUACCAGUCCAGCCUGUCUUCGCCCAGUGGCGAUGGAAGCGCUCAGCAGAAGAAGCGCAAGCGGAGCGGCGGGCUAGGUGGCCUGCACCUCAAGGAGAAGAAGGACAUGAAGAAGCGGUGGAACCAUCUCUGGGGCAGCUGGACAACGACGGGCAACAUUUGGUGGAUCGGUGGGCGUGACGAGCUCGGCAUGGCGGUCGCCAGGCCAGACGAGCAGGGCAAUGGCGCCACCGUCGCUCGGCAGGAAGCAGCCGUCCCGUCUCCUCAACAUGGCAGCGAUGGCGAGAGCGGGGCCGAUGCAGAGAAGCAGCACGCCCGGCGAAUGAGCUUCCAGAAGCGGUGGAGCCCACAACAUGCGGAGCGGACGAGGGUGAAGGGCAAGGGUGCCUGGAAGGUCAACAUGGAGCUGGCGCUAGGGCCCAGCAUGUGGACUUGGCUACUCCCCGUCGGGAGAGCACCAGCUUCAGGGCUCGAGUUCCCCAUCAACCCGCGCUUCGGUGCGCAAGGCACCCACCGCCAGAGGCACGACUGGCCUGAAGAGCUCCGAUAG